AUGGAUGAUAGUCUAUGUGGAAAAUUUGUUGUUUUGAGGACGUAUUUACCCGAUGAAUUAGGCAAAAAUGGAACACUCGAUUUUGGUGAUAAUACGAAUUUUGUGCAAUACUGCCCUGAGAAAGAUUCAGGAGGAAAUGAAUGCAAUAAUAAUCUAGAUAAAAUUACGGCUGGAUUUUUAUGGUUGCUUGAACAAUGUUAUCAUGCAUUAAAACAUAAAACUCAUCGUACAAAUAGUAUUAAUGCAUUUUUUAUAUAUAUUAUUUCAUGGUUUAGUUACAAAUUAAAGCAACUCAAAUGGGAGGAAUUCACCACAAUAAACGAAUUUUAUAAUAAAAAUGUAAAAGAUAGUAAUAAAUAUAAAAAAUUUAUAAGUCAUGCUUAUACAUUUGGAGAGCUUAAGGAAUUCAUGGAUGAACGAAAUGAUUUGCUGAAUAUUAAUAUUGAAGAUCUGUCUAAAUUUUAUGAUGCAUUCAAUUUAAUAUGUAAUAUGUAUGAUAAUUUUGCAACGAAUACAGAUAAAAAGACACUGUUAAAUGAUGCUAAUGAAUUUGUUAAAAAAUUUCAAGAACUUAAUGGAAAUUCUAAUAAUACUGAUGGAAGUUCAUAUAGACAAAUAAUGUCUUCUUUAUCAAUUGAUUAUAGUAAUUUAAAUAAUAAAUGUACUAGUAAUGGUGUUAAUUGUAAAGAUUUUCAAUCCUUUCCAGAUAUAACAACAAACUUUUCUGCACUAACAUCGGGAGAUACAUCAGGUUCGUCGAUAGGAAAGAGAUUAUUUACAGUUUUAUCGAUAUUUGGUGCAAUAGCAUUUUUUUUAGGAAUUUCUUAUAAGUAUUCAUUAUUUGGAUUUCGGAAACGAGUUCAAAAACAAAAAUUAAGAGAAAAAAUAAAAAAUAUAAAGAAGAAAAUAAAUCGUUAA